UCCUCCUUCUAGGUAGUCCAGGCCAAGAGAGUUGUACGCAAGUGCAUACCCAGCACCCUUCGACAAACAAUUUAGCAACGAGAAAGGAAGCAAAGAUGGCUUCUCUGUACGCUGUUCCAUACAAUGGAACCGGGGAAACAGGAUGUGAUUCCCUCACCGAGAACUGCAACAUCUACUACGAGUCCGGCGACAUCGCCUGGAUGCUCACCUCCUCCGCCCUCGUCCUCCUCAUGAUUCCCGGCGUAGGAUUCUUCUACUCAGGCCUCGCGCGCCGCAAAUCAGCCCUCUCCCUCAUCUGGCUAUCCUGCAUGUCCGUCGGCGUCGUCUCCUUCCAGUGGUUCUUCUGGGGCUACAGCUUGACGUUCAGUCAUACAGCUAAUUCGUAUAUUGGGGACUUGACCAAUAUUGGGUUCAGGAAUGUGUUGGGACAGCCGAGUGUGGGGAGUGCGCGGAUUCCGGAUUUGUUGUUUGCUAUUUAUCAGGGCAUGUUUGCUGCUAUUACACCAGCACUCGCCAUCGGCGCCGCGGCAGACAGAGGACGAAUGCUGCCCUGCAUCGUCUUCAUGUUCAUCUGGUCCACAAUCAUCUACGAUCCCAUCGCCUGCUGGACUUGGAACCCCGCAGGCUGGACCUUCAAGAUGGGCGGCCUCGACUUCGCCGGCGGAACUCCCGUCCACAUCUCCUCUGGCGCUGCAGCCUUGGCUUACUCCAUCAUGCUCGGCAAGAGAGCCGGCUACAACGAUGUCUCUGGCCUCCCUUACCGCCCGCACAACGUUACCCAUAUCGUGCUCGGCACGGUGUUCCUCUGGGUCGGCUGGUUCGGCUUCAAUGGCGGCUCAGCCCUCGCUGCGAAUAUGAGAGCCGUGAUGGCGUGCGUGGUAACGCAUCUCGCUGCAAGCGUUGGAGGCGUUACUUGGGUGCUGCUCGACUACCGCCUCGAUAAGAAAUGGUCCACAGUAGGCUUCUGCUCUGGCGCCGUGUCGGGACUUGUCGCUAUUACUCCGGCAUCUGGGUUCGUGCCCGCGUGGUCCGCGGUCAUUUUCGGUGUCGUCGGCGCGGUUUGCUGUAAUUAUGCGACGAAGUUGAAGUAUAUUCUCAGAGUGGAUGAUGCAUUGGAUAUCUUCGGGGAGCACGGUGUCGGUGGUAUCGUGGGCAAUCUUUUGACGGCGUUUUUUGCUGCGUAUGUCUCCCCUCCCCUCCCCCUUCCUCGCAGAAGAAAAGUACUAACAGCAGAAACCAGCGAUUACAUAGCCCACCUCGACGGCGUAACAGAAAUCCCCGGCGGCUGGCUCAAUCGCCAUUGGAUCCAGCUGGCCUACCAACUCGCAGACUGCGUGUCGGGCUUCUGCUACUCGUUCUUCGGCACCUGCAUCAUCUUGUUCCUGAUGAACCUCGUCCCGGGCUUGAGUCUAAGGGCGACGGAGGAGGAGGAGGCGUUGGGCAUGGAUGAUGCGCAGUUGGGCGAGUUUGCGUAUGAUUAUGUCGAGUUGAGGAGGGAGUUUAUGAUGAGAAGGUUUAAGUGGUGAUGGUGGCUGGGAGGGGGUGUAUGAGUAUGGAGUUGUGUGGGGAGGUUUGGAGGGUUCUGUUUGGUUGUUGGGUUAUGGCGUCUUGUUGCUGAGAAGUUGCCGGUUGCUGUCAUACCCGGAAUUGUUACCCCUUUACUC